AGCUGUCCUCCUAACCUGCUCUUGUGUUCUGUUUCUGCUCCUAAGCUACCGUUCUCACCUUGCCAAUGGAGAAGUACAGAGCUACCAUAAGGUUCAAAGACGUUCUUUGAAUCCCGGAGCAGUCUGCUCUCCGCUCAAAGCUGUAAAUUGGAUGCACGAUGUUACUGAGCAAGCAGAUGGAAGUUGUACUCAUGAACUGCUGCAUUUGUUUGACGUAAAUUUACUUAAAAGACAAAAAAUUGAUACUGACUAUUGGUGGUGAUAUAUACUUCCAUGCAUGCAUGCAUGGUUCUCAGGAUCCAACGUUACCUCUCUACGGUUGGUCAGUCGGUAUGGACCCUGCUCCCCCUUCGAGACAAAGGAACUGCCAUCACUUGAACAAAUCCUUCUUAAAGACCAACUUCGAGUAAAUUUUCUCCUAAAGGGUGUCGCGAAGUCUUCUACUGAUGAUUCCAAGGUAAGCAUCUCCGCCAUGGACGCCGGAGAGGAGUAUGUGAUCAACGUCAGCUAUGGCACCCCCAGCCGAGAGCAGACUGUGCUAAUGGACACCGGAAGCGACCUGAGUUGGAUCCAAUGCAAACCAUGCAACGUGUGCUACCCGCAGGAGCAGCCGAUCUUUGACCCAUCCCAAUCAUCCACCUACGCCGUGAUCCCUUGCAACUCGCCGACCUGCAGUCAGCUCCAAGGCAGCUGCUCGAGCUCUUGCGCUUAUUUCAUCCCCUACGGCGAUGGGUCGAACAGUUCAGGAGUCUACGGCUACGACAGACUGACGCUGUCGCCAAACGACGUGAUCGAGCCCUUCCUCUUCGGGUGCGGCACCGACAACAAAAUGGUAUUCCAAGACGCCGCAGGGCUCGUGGGUCUCGGCCGCGGCAAGAGCUCUCUGGUGUCUCAGACGUCGCAACUUUACCACUCGGUCUUCUCCUACUGCCUUCCUUCGACUUCCAGCAACACGGGGUUCCUAAAACUGGGCGAACCUGGUGACGCCUCCAACACCGUUUACACUGGAAUGCUGACCAGCUCCAAUGAUCCAAGCUCCUACUACGUUGACCUGAUCGGAAUCAGCGUGGCCGGGAAGCAGCUGGUCAUUCCGCAAUCGGUUUUUAGGUCCGGUGGCACGAUAUUGGACUCCGGCACUACGAUCACUCACCUCCCGCCGUCGGCCUACGAGACCCUGAGGUCGGCGUUCGGGAGCUACAUGUCCCAGUACCCUUCUGCGCCUCCUACGCAUGGACUCGACACCUGUUAUAACUUCAGCGGCUACGAGACCAUAACAGUCCCCAAAGUAGCGCUGCAAUUUGGUGAUGGAGUCACCCUGGACGUCGACUCGUCUGGGAUUCUCUUCGAUAAUUGCUUGGCAUUUUCUGGUGGGCAAGUUUAUGGCGUGGGGAUCAUUGGCAAUGUGCAGCAGCGAACAUAUGAAGUAGUCUACGAUGUAGGAAAUGAGAGAAUUGGAUUCGCGCCGCACGCUUGCAGCUGAUCAGUAUCACCUCAUGCAUAUAUAUAUAAAUAUAAAUAGAUAAAUAAAUAAAUAAAUAGCAUGAGGCAUAAGGAUAUAUAGCAUGCACCAGCCUCUAUUACCUUAGCCAGAAUUUUCUAUCGUUCUAUUCCAGCAUCCACUUCCCUGCUUCUAUUUCAGUAAACUGUUAUCCGUGAUACACCAUUCUGGUCCAUCUGUACGUGUCUCUUUUCUUGGUUAAUUAUGUGUUUGGAAUCAUGUUUUGGAAGUAUAAGCUUGAGCUCA